AGUAAAGCUCGCGCGCAGGAUUACAAACAGCACGAACCAGCACGAGCCCGAACCGUCUGUCCUUAUAUCUGCCAAAUAGCUUCCAGUUGAGCCUAAAUAUGUCUACCAUCGUCUGCUGUCACAAAGAUCUGGUUAUAAUACAGGACCAACACAGAAAAGGUUUUAUUCUAUAGCCUACGGGAUCCCGAGGACUUGAUUACAGUCGCUCUAAGCCUGAGAGUUUGCAUUAGCGCGGCUACCCGGUCUCCCCCCUGCUCCGUGCUCGCUGGUUUACCAGUAUCACCUCAGCCACCCAUACAGAAGUGAAGAAAAGACCUGAUUGCCAAACCCCGGUACAACUGUUUUGCCAAGAAUUAAAAAAUUUUUGAUUAGGUUCAACUUAUAAAACUGCAAAUAUGAUUCCCAAUGGAUAUUUGAUCUUCGAGGAUGAGAGUUUCCUGGAUUCCACCGUUGCCAAGAUGAAUGCUCUUAGGAAGAGUGGCCAGUUCUGUGAUGUCAGACUUCAGGUGUGUGGUCAUGAGUUGAUGGCGCACCGUGCGGUGCUGGCUUGCUGCAGCCCGUACCUCUUUGAGAUCUUCAACAGUGACCUGGAGCCUCACGGCAUCUCCCAUGUGAAGUUUGAAGAUCUGAACCCAGAGGCUGUGGAGAUCCUGCUCAACUAUGCCUACACUGCCCAGCUGAAGGCAGAUAAGGAUCUGGUUAGGGAGGUCUACUCUGCAGCUAAAAGGCUCAAGAUGGAACGGGUGAAGCAGAUCUGUGGAGACUAUCUGCUCUCCAAAAUUGACUCCCAGAAUGCUAUCUCCUAUCGCAACUUUGCAAGCAGCAUGGGGGACAGUCGUCUGCUAGCCAAGAUUGACGGCUACAUCCAGGAGCAUCUGUUGGAGAUAUCCGAGCAGGAGGACUUCCUCAAACUUCCUCGUCUGAAGUUGGAGGUGAUGCUGGAGGAUCACCUGAGCUUGCCCAGCAAUGGAAAGCUGUAUUCGAAAGUAAUCAGCUGGGUGCAGCGCAGCAUGUGGGAGAACGGGGAGCCGCUAGAGAGACUGAUGGAAGAGGUGCAAACGCUGUACUAUUCGGCUGAUCACAAGCUGCUCGAUGGGGGCCUGCUUGAGAGCCAGGCCGAGGUGUUUGGCGCCGAAGACGACCGCGUUCAGUUUGUGCAGAAGAAACCACCGCGAGAGAAUGUUCACAGACAGCUGAGCAACAGCUCUUCCGGCAGCCUCUCACCCGGCUCGGCCAAGCUGGAGUGGAAAUACAUCGCCUCCGAGAAGACCACCAACAGUACAUACUUGUGCCUGGCUGUGCUCAAUGGCGUACUGUGCGUCAUCUUUCUGCAUGGUCGAAACAGUCCCCAGACCUCCCCCUCGGCCACACCCUGCCUGCAAAAGAGCAUGAGCUUCGAGUCUGCACCCCUGGAAGAGGAGCAGGAGCGGAUGCUAGCUCCCAUGCACUAUGCCCGUUCCGGUCUGGGUACUGCUGCUCUCAGUGGACGACUGAUCGCUGCAGGUGGUUACAACCGAGAGGAAUGCCUGAGGACUGUGGAAUGUUACGACCUGAAGAAUAAUAGCUGGAGUUUUAUUGCGCCAAUGAGAACACCCCGGGCUCGCUUUCAGAUGGCUGUGCUUAUGGAUCAUCUGUACGUGAUGGGUGGAUCUAACGGUCAUUCGGAUGAGCUGAGCUGUGGGGAGAUGUACAACCCGAGCAAAGAUGAGUGGACCCAAGUCCCAGAGCUUCGGACCAAUCGCUGCAAUGCAGGUGUCUGUUCUCUAAACAACAAGCUCUAUGUUGUGGGGGGAUCAGACCCCUGUGGACAGAAAGGUCUAAAGAACUGUGAUGCUUUUGAUCCUGUGACCAAGGAGUGGACCAGCUGUGCCCCGUUAAACAUCAGGAGGCACCAGGCGGCUGUGUGCGAGUUGGAUGGCUUUAUGUACGUGAUUGGUGGAGCUGAGUCGUGGAACUGUCUGAACAGCGUGGAGCGUUACAACCCCGAAAACAACACCUGGACCCUGGUCGCCCCUAUGAACGUGGCUCGCAGAGGAGCUGGCGUGGGCAUACAUGCAGGAAAGCUGUUUGUAGCGGGCGGUUUCGAUGGCUCGCACGCCCUGCGCUGUGUGGAGGUCUACGACCCAGCCCGCAACGAAUGGAAGAUGCUCGGGAGUAUGAAUUCAGCACGGAGCAACGCUGGUGUCGCCGUACUUGGCAACCUCAUCUUCGCUGUCGGUGGUUUCGACGGCAACGAGUUCCUGAACACUUUGGAGGUUUACAACCCGGAGCUGGAUGAGUGGAGCACCUGCACUGAUGCCUUCGACAGCGCCUAAGAGAUCGAUGGAACGGGAAGGGGGGGGGGGGGGGGGGGUACCAGGGUGUUGAGGGGUACCAGGGUGUUGAGGGGUACCAGGGUGUUGAGGGGUGCUUGUAGGUAUCGUCUCUCAAACUAACAGGCUUAGUGACGUAAUCGUGCUUCGUGAUGUAGUGUACGUAUAAGGGUCGGGGGUGGGGGGUUUAGUCUCUGUGGGAGGGAUUUAUGGGGUCUUCAGUGAAGACCGACUAAAGGGUGAGGUGGGGAUGUAUUCAUUCGGAAUGGGAUUGGGGGGUGUGGGGGGGAUUUAGCAACCAUCCUUUUGCAUAUUGUAUUUGUGUUGUAUAUAUUGUUUUUCUCUGUCAGUUGGUUUUACUUUACAAAAAAUGCCAACCUUUAUUGCACACUGCGUGUACAUUUGAGUUGAUUUGUUGAGUUUAGUUUGGAAGAGAUUCUCAGAAAGGCACUGGAAGGUUUAAUUUGUUGAACUGGUUUGAAUUGAUUAAAAAUAUGAACUGAAGAUGAUGCUCUGUUAUAAAAGCCUUAUUAAACAAAAUCACUCGCAUAGCUUUUUGCAUUACAAUAGCAGGAUUGGAUCUCCAUCGAUGGCCUUUUCUAUUUUUGAUACACUGCUGAUUGAUGAAUGAGAUAAACCAUAAUCAGUGCCAGUUCAUUUACAUUUACACAUGAACACAUUCACACACACUGUAUAAUUUCUGUUAUCCAUAAUCUGCAGUUUUUUCCUAACCUAGGACUUUUUUUUUCCUUUUAAUAUUUUCUUUUCAAUAUUUCUGUUUUAAACAUCUAAGAAGUGAAUAAUUCUUCAAUGUUUUUUUUCCACAUUAGACUGACCUAGGUAAAAAAAACUGUAUUCCAUUUGUUACAAACUGAUAUUUCCUAACAAAUAAAAUAAUUCACCAGUGAAA